UCACGCUACCAAGACUUGUGUCCGAGUGUCGUCCGAGUGAGUCCGAGUGCCCUCGAUCGAGAAGCAAAUCUUAACGCCCGACAGAGCAGUUACGCAAGUAAAUACCACUGCUGUACUUUGCAAUAUUUGCUGUAUCCCGACGAGAAAUGGAGCAAGGACAGAGUGAAGAAUCGCUGAUAGAAUCCAGCGAGAGAACGGAUGAAUUGCGAAUGAGGAAUACGCCAGCUGGGAGACCAGCUACAGCGAAAUGUUGUAAAAUUUCGCCCCUAAAUCUUGUCUGUAUCAGUCAUUUGUUUUCCGCUUGGGGAGAUCGCAUGUGGCAUUUUGCUAUCGGACUGUACCUAGUUGAACUCACACCAGGAUCGCUGCGCUUAACGUACAAAUGCACUGCUAAGAAGAAUCGAUCUUUGUUGCAAGAUACUCGCUCCAAUUGUAGUCGGUCAGGUAAUGACGUACGUCUCUAAAAUAGCGGGUGUGUGGUUUCUGGCGGGUUGGAAUGUUGUGUCAGUUUUUGGAGAGUACUAUCUUCUCUGGAAAGUUUUCAAAGCCGUAACCGCGUUGUCUCACAAAGUCAUCGACACAACGAGACACAACUCUAACAUUGAAGAGAACUCCUCAGUGGAUAUGCCCGCUGAUGAAUCUCACGGGUCUAAUGAGCGCUUGGAAUGGAUGGAGAACGAAGACCAAGAAAGGGGCCAGAAUGACGCUGAGGAUUUGGUCCCUGCUGUUACUGUCAGACCUGUCCAAAGACCACGGAAACCAAGUGUCUAUGCACGAUUUAAGAAAAGAAUCCUGACCUUUAAAACGGGCUGGCACAUUUAUUUUAGACAGAGUGUAGCCCGACCUGGGCUUGCCCUGGCCUCGUUGUAUUUCACGGUGAUUUCGUUUGGCGCCAUAACGACUGGUUACGCUUACACGCAGUGUUUGUCUGAGUCAGUUCUGAGUCUAAUACGAGGCAUUGGUUCGUUGUUCGGCGUCUUGGCCACGUUUAUUUUCCCCCGGCUUAGAAAUGCCGUUGGCGUUGUUCGUUGCGGGUUGUUCUCCAUGUCUCUUCAGUUUUCCUGCCUUCUGUUGUGUGUCGCUGCCGUCUUUGCACCUGGUUCGCCAUUCUUCUUGUUGCCGAGAAAUUCAGUGCAACCUUUGCUUCCUCAGUGUGAAGCAACUCAGCCGACAACGCCAACACCAACUCUUUCUCCCAGUUGCAUGAAUGAAGGGCCUAGGAAUGUCUCGUUAAGCGUUCAUCCUUCAAAUUUGCAGUUUGUGAGAAGAGAUGUUCCUAGCAGCAAUAUUACUUCAGCAACGGAUUGGAUGAAUGGAUCAAAAACACCAGCCAUACCGUCCACUAAAGCCAUAGGGCCAUCCAAGACCACGCCCAGUGUGGUGCCUUCCAAUUCAAUUGUCUCUCCUUCUCCUUCCUCUUCACCUUCAAACCGCAACUGUAGUUUGAAGACAACAGCUUCGCCGCCGCCGGCCAUAAGCAGCAGCUUUUCAUAUGUCUCCAUCAGCUUGCUUUUAGCAGGGAUCGUCUCAUCCCGCCUUGGAUUGUGGCUGUCUGAUCUAACUAUCGUCCAACUCACCCAAGAGGCUGUACCAGAACAAGAGAGAGGAAUAGUGGGUGGGAUGCAGAACUCUUUCAAUUCAAUCUUAAGCCUUCUCAUGUACGGUUUAGUUAUAGCUCUUCCCAAGCCCGAGACUUUCGGUUUAUUGGCACUGAUGUCUGUGGGCGCAGUUGGAAUAGGUGGCUUACUGUAUGCUUCUUUCGCGUACAAGAUUCGUGGUCAUUUGUUUCAUUUUGAGAAAGUCGGUAAAUUCUGCGGCGGGGCCGAAGCUCGUAGGGAGCCGGUGCCAAUGCUGAUUUCAAAUGAUGACCUCGAUCUUGAGGAUGAUGAGGAGGAGGCCAUGAUUAGAGGAGUAUUAAGCACUAGGAACGAGAAUUUUAAGUAUUAAAAUAUCCACUUACGCGAGGCAGUCACCUUGUUCCAGACAGGCUGCGUUCUUUUCGCCUAAUAGUCCAUUUGCUGGAUCAUAAGUGCUUUCAGUUUUUUUUCUUUCAGUUUGCUAGUAAGACGAGAGGACAUACAUGUGUUCUGACAUCCUCGGAGACCCAGGGGCUGCGAGUCGAUUUCAAGUUAGGGCGUGAAGAGCCCCUGGGGGCAUUG